AAACGGUGUGAAAAAAUAAGUUUGGAAAGCAGGGUGUUCAUCUUUUGUUUGUUGAACAAAUUAAAAACAGUCGUCGUCGUGUAGUGGACUAAGAGCUGAUAAGGUACAACUCGGGAUCACACAGGAGUCAACGUGAGCGUCGUCAUCCUACGACAAGGUGCCGUGUGUAAGGCGACGGUGUGACCGGUCGGCAUGCCGAAACAUGUGAGGUAAUAAUCACCUGUUUCGCAUCUAGCAUUAAAGUUUGCUUCUAAAAGCGGCAAAGCAACUACCCUUCUCUUCUCUCACUCUAACUGGAUACGUGGGAAAUUAAUUUCAGCUGAAAAACAAUAGCAACAAGAUCUCCCCGACUUCAUCUCAAAGUAAGGAAUUCUCUAGAGGCCAAGCAUUUCGAGAUUUCUUCGCACAAUAUUUAGUUAUAUUCUUUUGUGCUUAAAUGAAGCUUCAAGUGAAGUAUUGUUCUUUUAUGGUUUUAACCGACAAAAAACCUUUAAAACCUUGUGUUGCUUUUCUUCAAAUCUAUUAGCAACUUUGUGUUAGCUAAAUUAGAGGUUUUCGAAGAGUUGGAAGCGGUGGAAAUUGUUAUUUGUUUAUUUAUUUAUUUGAUGAAUGUGGACGGUGAGCUGAGUUAUUCUCUCAUAUCAGAUUUAGAGUGUGAAAAUGCCUGAAGAAAGGAGGAGGAGGCAUUUUGGAAAACUUUAUUCGUUUUCGUGUUGUUCGAAUUUACCUACUGAUGAUCAUACCCAAAUUGGGCAAAGCGGGUACUCGAGAGUGGUUCAUUGUAAUGAUCCUGAUAACCCAGAAGCUCUUCAGCUCAACUAUAGGGGAAAUUAUGUAUCCACUACUAAGUAUACGGCGGCUAAUUUUCUUCCCAAGUCUUUGUUUGAGCAAUUUAGGAGAGUUGCAAAUAUCUAUUUUCUAGUUGUGGCAUUUGUUUCGUUUAGUCCGUUGGCACCGUAUUCUGCACCGAGUGUUCUUGCACCUCUUUUAGUGGUAAUUGGAGCAACUAUGGCCAAGGAAGGUGUGGAAGAUUGGAGGCGAAGAAAGCAGGAUAUAGAAGCCAACAAUCGAAAGGUCAAAGUGUAUGGUAAAGGUCAUACUUUUAUUGAGACCAAGUGGAAGAAUCUCCGAGUAGGUGAUAUUGUUAAGAUUCAUAAAGAAGAAUAUUUUCCUGCUGAUCUGCUACUACUUUCAUCAAGCUAUGAUGAUGGAAUAUGUUAUGUUGAGACUAUGAACUUGAUGGGGAAACCAAUUUGA